AUGGAGCGGUUAGGGGAGAAAGCCAGUCGCCUACUGGAGAAGUUAAGACUGUCGGACUCCGGCAGCGCCAAGUUCGGCCGCAGAAAGGGUGAAUCUAGCCGGUCUGGGGCUGAGGGGACCCCCGGGCCGGGCAAGGGGCGUCUGAGUGGGCUGGGGGCAGCUAGGAAGUCAGGGUCCCGAGGAGCUGCUGGGGGACCCGGGGAUGAGCCGCUGGAGCCCGCCCGAGAGCAAGGGCCGCUGGACGCAGAGUGGAACCCGCGCGGCUCCUUUGAGACGCCGCGCUACGAAGGCUCCUUCCCCGGGGGACCGCCGCCCACUCGGGCCUUGCCUCUACCUCAGUCCUUGCCCCCCGAUUUUCGGCUGGAGACCACGGCUCCGGCCCUGAGCCCCCGCUCCAGCUUCGCCAGUAGUUCAGCCAGCGACGCGAGCAAGCCGUCCAGCCCCCGGGGCAGCCUGCUGCUGGACGGCGCGGCGGCUGGCGGAGCCGGAGGAGGCAGCCGGCCCUGCAGCAACCGAACCAGCGGCAUCAGCAUGGGCUACGACCAGCGCCACGGGAGCCCCCUGCCCGCUGGGCCGUGCCUAUUCAGUCCACCGCUGCCUGGGGCGCCGGCGGGCUAUUCCCCCGGAGGGGUCCCGUCCGCCUACCCGGAGCUCCACGCCGCGCUGGACAGACUGUGCGCUCACCGGCCCGCGGGGUUCGGCUGCCAGGAAAGCCGCCACUCGUAUCCCCCGGCCCUGGGCAGUCCCGGAGCACUAGCCGGGGCCGGAGUGGGAGCGGCGGGACCCUUGGAGAGACGCGGGGCGCAACCCGGACGACACUCGGUGACCGGCUAUGGGGACUGCGCCGCGGGCGCCCGGUACCAGGACGAGCUGACAGCCUUGCUGCGCCUGACCGUGGGCACGGGCGGACGGGAAGCCGGCGCCCGUGGGGAGCCCUCCUGCUUGGAGCCGUCGGGUCUCGAGGAACCUCCAGGUCCGUUCGUCCCCGAAGCCACCCGGGCCCGGAUGCGAGAACCGGAGGCCAGAGAGGACUACUUUGGCACCUGUAUCAAGUGCAACAAGGGCAUCUACGGCCAGAGCAACGCCUGCCAGGCCCUGGACAGCCUCUACCACACCCAGUGCUUUGUCUGCUGCUCCUGCGGCCGGACUUUGCGCUGCAAGGCUUUCUACAGUGUCAACGGUUCUGUGUACUGUGAAGAAGACUACCUGUUUUCCGGGUUCCAGGAGGCAGCAGAGAAGUGCUGUGUGUGUGGCCACUUGAUUCUGGAGAAGAUCCUGCAGGCCAUGGGCAAGUCCUAUCACCCGGGCUGCUUCCGGUGCAUCGUGUGCAACAAGUGCCUGGACGGCGUCCCCUUCACAGUGGACUUCUCCAACCAGGUGUACUGCGUUACCGACUACCACAAAAACUAUGCUCCAAAGUGCGCGGCCUGCGGCCAGCCCAUCCUCCCCUCCGAGGGCUGCGAGGACAUCGUGAGGGUGAUAUCCAUGGACCGAGAUUAUCACUUCGAGUGCUACCACUGUGAGGACUGCCGGAUGCAGCUGAGUGAUGAGGAAGGCUGCUGCUGCUUCCCACUGGACGGACACUUGCUCUGUCACGGCUGUCACUUGCAGCGGCUCAAUGCUCGACAGCCCCCCACCAACUACAUCUAAGCCGUGGGCCUCACCACUGCCGUCACGACCGUGACAAACUCUUCUGGCUGGCAGGCCCUUUC